UUCUCCACUAGACGAUCUCCAGUGUUGCGUACAGCUGCUGUGAGGAAGUCUGGAUCAUGGAUCAACCAGAAACCCAGCAGCGGUAGGACCCACCAGGACCAGGACCAGGGCCAGGACCGGGACCAGGACCCUGCAGGACCCAGCAGGACUGAGCAGGACCCUGCAGGACCCUCCAGGACUGAGCAGGACGCUUUGGCACCGCAGGAGAGAACUUUACGCAUAGAAAAUGUGGCUGAACCCAGAGGAGGUUCUGCUGAAGAACGCUCUGAAGCUCUGGAUCUCAGUGAGGAGCAACGACUUCUUCCUCCUGCAGAGGAGGAGAGGCCAUGGGGAGCCAGCAGGACGCAUCACAGGUCUGCUGGUUGGGGCUCUGGACACGGUGCUGGACUCCAACGCCAGAGUCUCUCCCUUCCGCAUCCUCCUCCAGGUCCCCGGGUCUCAGAUCAGCUGGGUCAUCGCCAGCGGAGCCACCAUAGAGGAGGUGAACAGGCACUGGGACUGGCUGAUCCACAACCUGCUUCACUCUCUGUCUGUGUUUGAGAACAAAGAGGAUGUGGCCAGCUUCGUCAGUGGAAAGGUCAAGGGCCUCAUCGCGGAGGAGGUCCGGGGUCGCCAGGCGGCCCAGGAGGAGGAGCCGGACAAGUUCAGGGAGGCUCUGCUGAAGUUCGAGCUUCACUUCGGCCUCCCGUCGUCGGAGAAGCUGGUGACGUUCUACUCCUGCUGCUGCUGGAAGGGCCGCGUGCCUCGGCAGGGCUUCCUCUACCUCAGCAUCAACCACGCCGCCUUCUACUCCUUCCUGCUGGGGAAGGAAGUGAAGUUCGUGAUUCCCUGGGCGGAGGUGACGCGGUUGGAGCGGGUCUCCACCGGUCUGAUGACGGAGGCCGUGCGGAUCAACACGCGGAAGCGGCAGAGGGAGUUCUCCAUGUUCCUGAACCUGGACGAGGUGUUCGGGGUCAUAGGUCAGCUGGCUGACAUCGCCCUCAGGAGGCUGCUGGACAGCGAAGGCCUGGAGCUGGACCGAGUCCUGCAGCAGCCGGCCCGCAUCACCAAGAGGGUCCUGGAGGAGCAGGCUCUGAGGGAGUACGUCCUGGCUCUGUUCCGGCUCCCCCGUGGUGAGCGUCUCCAUGAGGUGGCCUCCUGUUCGGUGUGGACGCCCCACGCACGCUGCCACACGGCCGGGACGCUCUACACCACCGACUGCUACCUGUGCUUCUCCAGCCGAGAGGAGGGCAGCUGCAUCCUGCUCAUCCCUUUAUCAGAGGUGUUGUCCAUAGAGAAGGUGGAGAACACCACCCUGCUCCCGAACCCCGUCAUCGUGAGCCUCCGGACGAAGAAGGCCUUCCAGCUGAUCGAGCUUCAGGACCGAGACGAGCUGGUGGAGAACCUGAACUCCAGACUCCGAGCUCUGCAGUGGAAACAGUCCAUGUUCCGCAGCAGGAAGGACGGCAAGAGGAGCGUGAGCGCCCCGACGCCCUACUACACCUUCUACUACGACACCAGUCACUCUGAUGAGGAGGAGAUGGAGGAGCAGGUUCUCCGUAACACCGUCAACAGCGAGGCUCUGAUGACGGCCUUCAACCAAAACCAACCGGGAUCCAACGGCAACAAGAGCAUGGAGCAGGCGAAGGAGCGUCUGUGGGAGGAUCACUUCUCAGAGUUCGGUCGCGGCGUCCACAUGUUCCGCACGGACAAGAUCCAGAGACUCGUUGCCAUGGGGAUACCGGAGUCUCUGAGAGGGGAGCUGUGGAUGACGCUGUCUGACGCGUCCUCUGAGCUGGAGGCUCAUCAGGGUUACUACACCGGCCUGGUGCAGAAGUCGAUGGGUCACAGCAGUUUGGCGACGGAGGAGAUCGAGAGAGACCUCCACCGCUCGCUGCCAGACCACCCGGCCUUCCAGAACCCGACCGGCAUCGCUGCACUGAGACGCGUCCUCACCGCCUACGCCCACCGCAACCCCAAGAUCGGAUACUGUCAGUCUAUGAACAUCCUGGCCUCGGUGCUGCUGCUCUACGCUAAAGAAGAAGAAGCUUUCUGGCUGCUGGUGGCUGUUUGUGAGCGGAUGCUGCCAGACUACUUCAACCGCAGGGUCAUAGGAGCUCAGGUGGACCAGUCGGUGUUCGAGGAGCUGAUCCGGGAGCGUCUGCCGGAGCUGGCGGAACACGUGCCGGACCUCUCCACGCUCUCCUCCGUCUCCCUCUCCUGGUUCCUCACCCUCUUCCUCAGCGUGCUGCCCUUCCACAGCGCCGUCUGCGUGGUCGACUGCUUCUUCUUCCACGGGAUCAAAGCCAUCUUCCAGCUCGGUCUGGCGGCGCUGGAGGCGAACGCCGCGCAGCUCUCUGCCAGCACGGACGACGGGCAGGCUCUCAUGAUCCUCACAAGUUUUCUGGACCAGGUUGGGAGCGAGGAGUCGUCGUGUCCUCCGUCCUCGCCGUCUGCUGCAGAGGACGCUAACAGCAGCGGAGAUCUUCCUGCUGUGAGAAACACAAACAUCAGCGACCUCAUCAACGAGUCCUACGAGAAAUUCGGAGACCUGACGGUGAGGCAGAUCGAGAGGCUUCGCUGUCGACACAGAAUCCGAGUUCUGCAGGCUCAUGAAGACACGACCAAAGACAACGCUUUGAGAGUGGUGAGUCCAGAUGUUUCCAUGUCUCCAGAGAACCUGGCAGAUGUUUACGACCUCUUCAAGACGGAGCACUUCAUCAGUCUCUACUGGGGCGACAGCAGCUCGGCGGCGGCGGCGGAGGCGGCGGCGUGGCUUCACGGAGACUCCGGUCGGCCCUUCGUGGAGCGGCAGUACCGGCUGGACCGGCCGCAGUUCAAGAGCCUCUACGGGCUGCUGUCUCCGUGGACCGGAGGCCCCAACCAGCACGCCGACACGCUCGCCAACCGGACCUUCACCCUGCUGGACCAGGACGGAGACAGUCUGGUCACCUUCAGAGAGUAUGCAGUCUGGCUGGACACUUUGUACUGUGAAGAUCUGAAUGAGAAGAUACGGCUGCUGUACCGUCUGCACAUCCCACCAGCUCUGACAGAAAGUGAGGACGACCCCUCUCUGAUGAAGAGCCCCCUGGUGUCCACAAACAGACCCCUCUGUGUUAAUCUGCCCUCUGGUGCUGAAGGUGAGGAGACGGACUACCAGGAGCAGCUGAAGCAGAUGCUGAAGGAUCUGGUGAAAGAGAGAAAAGAUGUGGAGAAACCUCUUCCCCUCAUGAACCAGCGUGAGUUCAUCCAGUUCUGUAAGACGCUCUACAGCAUGUUCCACGGCUACCCGGAGGAGAACGAGCUCUUCCAGGCCAUCGCCACCGUGACCAGUCUCGUGCUGCAGAUCGGCGAGGCCGGCCACUGUGGACACAGCUCGGGGUCAGAGGUCACCGGCCACGUGACCUCCGAGGACUCCAGGGUUGACCCCGGUGAUGGGAGCGAUUGGACGGUCAGCUUCGCUCAGAUCUUGGCGUCGCUGCUCACAGAACAGGCGCUGGUGAACUUCUUUGAGAAGAUCCCGGUGGAUCUGUCGGCGAAGGUGGCGGCGGCCAAAGAGAAGCAGUAUCACCAGCGGGCCGGUCUGCUCAAUCUGCAGCAUCCGACCAGGUGACUCCUACGAGAACUCUGUCUCUCUCUGAGCCACGUUUGUUAUGAAGAAAAACCACAAUAUCAGUAUCAUCUGACACAAUGUGCCCGAAUGGAAGCUCCAAGUUCACCGUGACAUUCACUGAAUCAGAAGAAUGACUCUUUGUUCUGUAACUGACAACACAGAGGAGGUUUUUAUUCCAAAAACAUUUCAAUCAACAUAUUGAUGGAAACAUCAGGAGCGUUUUGAACUAUGAGCCUGGAGAAACUCUUUUAAUUAUUGCCUUCUAUCAUCCUGCAGUUAAACUGAACAAAUGACUCCGUCACCACUUUCUAACAAGGCGCACUUUGAAAAGUGUUUUUAAGUUUUGACUAAUGACUUUAUUAAAGAUGGAAAUAUAAUUUACUAAUUCUGUAUAAGCCACUAAUCAUUUGCCAGGUUGUGAAUCCAAAGCUUUAUGUCUAAAAGCUGCAUUCUCUCUCCUGUCCACCAGGGGGCGACUCCUCUGGUUGUAUAGAAGUCUAUGAGAAAAUGACUCUACUUCUCUCUUGAUUUAUUCCCUCAGUAAACAUUGUAA